GGUGGAGAGGGAGACCGACGCAGUGACGUCACGGGCGAGCUGGGAGCCUCACCCAGGCUGGGUAGGUGGUGCUGUGAGUCCCUAGCAGAGGAGGACAAGCGGGCGGAACGGGAUCCCAGGCAGAGCCGGGGCCCAUCCAGAAGAAGGAGGAGGACAGCGGGUUUGGAGGUGUUAAGUUAAAGACUGCAUCAUGCGUGAAUACAAGCUAGUAGUCCUUGGGUCGGGUGGUGUUGGAAAAUCUGCCCUGACAGUCCAGUUUGUCCAAGGAAUUUUUGUUGAAAAAUAUGACCCAACAAUAGAAGAUUCAUACAGAAAGCAAGUUGAAGUCGAUGGUCAACAAUGCAUGUUGGAGAUCUUGGACACAGCAGGAACGGAGCAAUUCACAGCGAUGCGGGAUCUGUAUAUGAAGAAUGGACAGGGCUUUGCAUUAGUGUACUCUAUAACAGCACAGUCCACUUUCAAUGACUUGCAGGACCUCAGAGAACAGAUACUCCGAGUAAAAGACACUGAUGAUGUGCCAAUGAUUCUGGUUGGCAACAAGUGCGACUUGGAAGAUGAAAGAGUGGUGGGAAAAGAGCAGGGUCAGAAUCUAGCAAGACAGUGGAAUAACUGUGCGUUUUUGGAGUCUUCUGCUAAAUCGAAGAUAAAUGUCAAUGAGAUAUUUUAUGACCUUGUGCGACAGAUCAACAGAAAAACCCCCGUCCCAGGCAAGGCACGCAAAAAGUCAACAUGUCAUCUGCUUUAAUAUACAGAUGUGCUGUAGCUCUGAGCCAGGUCUGAAGAACUGUUGUUCGACAACAGUGCCAGCAUUCCAACUCUAUUAACCCUGUCAACGAUUUCAAUGGACUUUCCUGUGGUGGUACCCUUUACGAAAUGGAUGAAAGUUGCAAGCUCAGAUUGUGCACCAUCAAAACCCUGCCCAAAAUCACAAGAAAGAUGCCUGCUUUGAAAUGUUCUUCACGUAUGCAACCGGGAACAGCAGAGCCCACAUCCAGUAUUACUGCUAACAGAGACAUUGUUCACCCAGCAAUGUUUUUUGCACGUCUGAAAACGUGUACUGUGUUCUUUCACGAGCCCCUCCUCUCUACAGGAGUGUACAAUGAAAAGCACCACUAUUUUAGCUUACUAAAUAAGAAAGUCCAAAGAGCUUCUGUAAAGACUACUCCUGAUGAUCUUGCAUCUUUGGUAUUUGUAGCUCCUUGUAACUAUUUUUCCUCCCUUUUAAAGAAGUACAAGAGCAACAUCCAUUGUAUUGUACACAGUGCUUCUCAUAAAUAUAACAAUGGUUUCCUUUCUUUUCCUUUAUUAGUUUUUAGGGAGUCCUGUGGAGAGUAGUGUUGUCCCCUUCUGGCACUGAAUGGGAUCAUUAAAUCAUUUUUGUUCCUUGUAUCUUGUCUUUGUCAACACUUUGCCUUUCAUAUCCCUUCAAAAGGACACUCCUCGGUUUCUGCUCUUUUAUUAAUUACAGAUUUGAUUUCCCCACUCUACGGUUUGUUUACAUAGGGAAUAAUGUUUAUAGAAAUGUAUACAGUGGGGGUCUACAACAAGAAGUGUAUGUUUUAAGAUGUUUUUUAAUGAUUUAUGAUUAUUUUGUAAAUCAUUUUCAGGCUUCUGCAGCUGUAGAUUCUCACUGUGCCCCGUAGCCCUCUCCGUGCUUGCUGAUGCAUACAUGUGUUUGCAAUACCAAAUAUACAGAUUUAGUACAUUUUCCUGUCAGUGCUCGUUUCUCGUGUAUUGUUUUGGUUGAGAUGUUAAAUGGUGGAAGCGUUCAGUGGAUGUGAAUGUGGGACGUAAUUUUAAAUCAUGUGUAGUUGGUCACCAUUCCUGAGUUGCGGUAAUUAACCUUUCUGCUCAUUUAUUUAUCAAUGCCUCGUUGCUUCGUAUGCAUUAAUGUUUGGGUGUAAAGACUGUGUAUAUAUUCAACAGGGAACCACAGAAAUUCAGCUGACCAACCUAAUGCUACAACUGCUUGGAGGUGGCCAAAUGUAAACUUAAAAGCCUUAAAUAAAGUGGUGCAAUUUUGUAUAAUGUAGCAUCAGUUCAAUAAAUUUGGAUUGUCAUGCAAGUGCUUGCAUUAUAAUUACCUUCCACUAUAAAACUUUGCCUAAUAUUGGAAAAGUUCUUGGUAGACUUUAUUUAGGUUCAUGCACUGAGGUUUGCACCUGCAGUUCUCAACUACUGCUAUGAGUUGCAUGUAGAAUCCUCUCUAUGGCUAGUAUGUCGACUUGAGGAGAUCCUUUAUAAGCGUGCCAAUAAUAAUUGUCUCUUGGAUAGUAUGAGAGAGGCUCAAGUUGAUUUUCUUUACCAAGGGCAGCUUAGUUCAAUAGAACAUUCCAAUUCUAAAUCGUUCUACUUAAGUGUAUUAAUCCAUAUCUACAGAAGAGGAAUGCUGUACACACGCUAUAAAGUAAGCACUAAUUGUUGGUCUGUUGAACUGCUUAGCUACUCGGAAGGGUCCCAUACUUCUGUAUGUGCACUUUAAAAAGGGUUGGUAUGUGCAAAUGAUGUGACCUAAUUCUCAUUAUCAAUUUUAGCAUAAUGUGCAUCUGAGGGUUUCAGGGGAAAUGAAUUAAAGAUAGUGUUCUGAAGAAUAUUUUCCAUUCUAGUAAAGGAGUCUUUUACAGUUUGUCAGUAACUGCCUAGAACAAAUUUUGUUUACCCUUUUACAGUUCAUUUCCUCUUUGAACAAUGCAGAGAAACCCCUGUUUAGUCUCUUUACAUUCCCUUAUAUGUUUAUCUGAGCAACAGAAAAGAGCCAUCAAAUUUUAGGAAUGAGUUCUACUACAACAGGGAACCAGAGACCUACACUAAACAAAUUGCCAAUGCCUAGCCAUUCAUUUAAACAUAUCAAAAGAAAUCUUUGGGGAGGCAUCAGAUAGGCUGAGCUCUAGAAUUUGAUUUAUGCCGAGUUCUAUUCUUCUGUGAGUUAUCUUUACAAACUGAUUUUUUUUAUAGGAGAACUUUUAACAUUUAAACAUGAACAUUUAAUACAAGCUUUAUUACAUGGAACUUUCUACAUAUAAUCAAAAAUUCUGUAAUUAUUUGUGAAAUAAUCAAGGUAAUCUCUUCAUGCAGGAGUUGCAUCAGACUUUAAUUGACAUUGUCUAGGCACCAAUGAUGUAUUAAAGCGAUCAGUCAUACUCUGGCUCUGACUCCAGCACAAACAGAGACUGAAGAGAGACAGAUUGCUUAGAGGAGGAUACAAAGGAUUAAACUUCAUUAUUUCAGAAAAAGUACAGUAUUUUCAACUGAUAUUUUAAAGUAUAUUUCCACGAGUUCUAAAUACAUUUUAAUUUUCCGGAUAGUGUUCUCUCAUAGUUGAACGUUUCUAACCAUCUAUCUAUGAUAUAAUAAAGCCCAGUUUCCUCAUAUUUCAGUGCCAGUCAAUCUUGGAACACUUGUAGGGAUCCCACCCAGCCAGUAUAUCACCAGCCUAGUUGGUAAAUCAUCAGUUAAGGCUCUUGCCAGUAAAUUGUCUUUCUCCAGCCAGUUACCUCCUGAUCUGCUCUUUUAAACCUAUCCAUGUGCCAGUCCCCAGCCCGUGACCUCACCAACCCCAUCUAACGGGUAUUCUAAACCUGCAAAGGUAGCAGGAAGUUUUACAGACUAAUUCAUGCACCUAGGUCUUUUCUUUUUUAAGUAUUAUUUCCCCUGAGGAUUAAAUAUAGCGGUUUGAAAAGGUUAACAUUUUAUGGUAAACAUUACAGUUAGAUCUGAGACAUAGAAGAGAGAAUUCUCUGUGAGCUCUUUGUUUUCACUGUGCAUGAAAAGUCACUAAUUUCCCUUAUAUCUUGAUUUGUUUUUUGUCCAGAAAUAUACUGAAAGAUCAAACCUAAAAUGUAUUAUUUGACCUUUCUUUGACAACUGUUUAAUGUUCCACAAGGGUUAAUUUAUCAACAAACUCACCACAGACUACUUUGCAUUAUAUUUUCUUUCAUUUAUUUUCAAGUCUGAACUCUGCUUAUACACAGACCCAAAUAAAAUCAUGUUCCUUCUCUUUG